CACAAAUACUUUUUUGUUCUUUGCGUAGUACCAAGUGAUUGUAAAGAACUCCUUGAUAAGGUUUCUGAGGCGAAAAGUGGACAAUAUGUGAUAGAACUUUGGACAUCUGGUAAGAUUUUGACUGUGAAUUGUGACAUGGAAACAGAUGGCGGUGGUUGGACGAUAUUUCAUAGGCGAAUGGACGGGUCAGUGGACUUUUAUCGCAAAUUUACAGAAUACGAGAAUGGCUUUGGGAACGUUGAUGGAGAGUUGUGGCUAGGUUUACAGUAUAUACAAGAACUAGCUGAACAAGGUUCUACUGAGAUUCGUCUUGACAUGACAAGAAAUGAUAGUACAACAGGACAUGAAACUUGUCCAGACUUUAAAUUAACAGAAGGAACAAAAUAUAAACUAAACAUUGGGCCAUGCAAAGUUGCUGGCUUUCUAGGAAAAGGAUUUGCUUAUUAUUAUCGAAAUUCAUUUUCAACUAAUGACCGUGAUCUCGACAUGUCAUCAGGAAGGAACUGCGCUGUAGAGUAUCAUGGAGCCUGGUGGUAUCAUGACGAUUCUACUUGGGUCAACCUAAAUGGAUUGUAUGUGGCACCAGGCACGGAAUGUGAAUUUCCCGGUGCCCGGGAUCCGUUUAUGAUACAUUGUAUGUAUACCAGUUGUAUAUUGUAUGGUUCUACGUUAAUCGCCUAG